AUGACAGAAAUCACCGCAGAAGAACUCCGUGCGGGCCUCGCAAGGCUCCCACGCCUCCUCCAAGACCGCAUCCGCGACAACACUCUCCGCAUCACUCCCGGAAUCACCACAAUCAACCAGGCAUACAAGCCACCAAUCCAGCUAUCAAUCAACCACGCCAUCCGCGAGAGAGCCGCCAGUAUCUACUACGGCGGAUCACAGAUCUGGAAGUUCGCGGGCAGAGGCAGCAACUCCCAGCACCUUUUUGCCUGGUUGCGGACGCUGUCACAUGAAGAUCUUGGCCGGCUGCAAGAUUCCCUGCGUCCUGACCCUAAGCAGGCGGAAAAUUAUGGCUUGUAUAUGACGAGAAUGGUGAUUCGGGGAGAAGUCUUCAAUGUGGCGAUUUGGAGCAAGAAGGAAUCGAACGAUGUGUUUGUGCUUCGGGGGUUGCUUCUGGCGAGGGAUUCGGUGGCUGUGGGGAGCUACCCCGUUGGGAUUGAGAGAGGUGCGGGAAUUGGUUUUGGGGAGGGAGAUUGGGGAACGUGUCCUACGCAGUAA